GGCACCUGCUGGAGCACCUCCCAGUUGCCAAUGUGCCCAUCCAGUCGUACGAGCUCCUCAGGCUCAUUCGUCUGCUGCUUGAGGUAUCGAGCAUAUCGGAUGAGGCCGGCGAGCACCUGCUGGGCUUCCUCACCGAAGCCAGCAGCCACGCUCUGCACAGCGGCCGCAUCGCUUGA